AUGGACGUCGAAAUGGAUCAAACUCCUAAAGAAGACCAACAACAAAAACCUCUAAUGGAUAGAGAGAAUGCUUUAAAUGUUCCUAAAGAAGACCAACAACAAAAACCUCUAAUGGACAGGGAGAAUGCUUUAAAAAAUGCUAAAAGUAAAAGUUCUAAUCUCUCUAUUAUCAAUUAUACCUCCUUUUUAGGAGAGAUUCGAAAAGAAGGGUUGUCUACUCGUGAGACUGUUAAGAAAUCUCACGACUUUAUUCGUGAAGCUAUGGAAACUAUGAAAAAAGAGCUUGUGAAGGAUAUUCUUAUAGAGCUAAAUCCUCGCCUUAAUAUUUUGGAGGAAUUAUUAAAAGAAAUUAAAGAAGAAUUACCCACUAAAAAAGGUGAGUCAGAGUCAGGAGACUCUGAUAAUGAAGAUGAGGAGGAGGAGGAAGGGCAACAGGAAAAUCAAGAAAAUCCUCCUCCUGCACAACAAGAAAAUCAACAACACGUGCAGCCCCACGGAGAAGAAAAUAAUCGUGAAAUUAAUAACCAUAAUCAAGGAAGACGUUUCUACCGUGGGAAUGGACAAAAUGCUAGGCGCCCACGAGACUCACGUUUAUUUUACCUUUUACGUCAGCUUGAUCGCGAAAGAGGCAUGGAUGCUGGUUGUGACCGUUACCGACCGUAUUACCCACGUGAUCGUGGAGAAUUCAAUCGAAAUGAGUAUCGAGGAAGAAACGACCGCAGAGGAUAUCGGCGUUAAAUUUUUUAAGGGGGAAAGGAGUGUUGAGUCCCUAAUUUGUUUAAAUAUUUGUUAUCAAUUUUUUAAAUGUUAUUUUCCUUAAUUUAACUUGUUUCUGUUAAACAUCUUUUACAAUAUGCCCUUUUUCCAUAUAUUCAAAAAACUUCCGCUCCAACCUUUUUAUCUAAACUUUUUAUAUUUAAAACAUUCCCUCUCAACAUCAUUUAAAUAUAUUUUCCUUUUUAUCCAAACAUUCAACUUUCCUUAUCGAACUUAU